AGCCAUCUAAUUGACAUUUGUGCAUUUACCCAAAAUCUUAAAAUUCAAAAUUGCUUCAAAUUCCUAUUAUAUUUUUUGGUUCUACACAUCAUAUACACAACUCCGUUAAAAGCACGUCCUUUGAAAAAGAACAAAAAACCCCACUUUACAUUUGCUGUCAAAUUUCGUUCUUUCUUGCUUCCGUUGAUCAAGCUUCGAUUAGUUUGAAUUGGGAUUUAAUGUAUUUUCCUAGGUGUGAACAUCAAUAUCACUGGAGUUGUGAUUGCAUCAUAGAAUUGUGGUGACUCAUAUUCUUGACCGAUCUUGAAGCUUGCCAAGUGGCUUGUGAUUAUUCAACUUGUAACUGCGAGUUUAUAGCCUGCAUUUUGAUCUGGUUGGGUUGUGAUGGGCUGUCACUGCUCGAGACUCUCAGCUUGUUGCUGGGAUCCAGGGCAUGAUGGAGAAAAACCAGAAUUUGAGAAAGAGAAUGAGCCGAAGGGUGAGCCUGAUGAUCUGCCUGUAUUUCGCGAGUACAGCAUUGAACAGCUUAGGAUAGCGACAUCUAGCUUUGCAGUUGAGAACAUAGUUUCUGAACACGGAGAAAAGGCACCCAAUAUUGUAUUCAAAGGGAAGCUGGAUAACCAAAAGCGGAUUGCUGUAAAACGUUUUAACAGGUCUGCUUGGCCAGACGCCAGGCAGUUUUUGGAAGAAGCAAAAGCAGUUGGUCAGCUGCGAAGCAACAGAUUAGUCAAUUUGUUGGGUUGUUGUUGUGAAGGUGAUGAGAGGCUACUUGUUGCGGAAUUCAUGCCGAAUGAAACACUAGCAAAGCACCUAUUCCACUGGGAGUCACAGCCUAUGAAAUGGCCAAUGCGGUUAAGGGUGGCAUUGUACCUUGCACAGGCCUUAGAGUACUGUACCAGUAAGGGACGCGCUCUUUACCAUGAUCUCAAUGCUUAUAGAGUUUUGUUUGAUGAGGACGGUGAUCCUAGACUUUCCUGCUUUGGCUUAAUGAAAAAUAGUAGAGAUGGGAAAAGCUACAGUACAAAUUUGGCCUUUACUCCACCCGAGUAUCUGAGGACUGGUAGAGUGACUCCGGAGAGCGUGAUUUAUAGUUUUGGGACCCUUUUGCUUGAUCUGUUAAGUGGAAAGCAUAUCCCUCCCAGCCAUGCUCUUGACCUGAUACGUGACAGAAAUAUCCAAACGCUGAUGGAUUCUUGCUUGGAAGGCCACUUUUCAAAUGAUGAUGGGACUGAGCUAGUACGUUUAGCUUCUAGAUGUUUACAAUAUGAACCACGUGAGCGGCCAAAUCCAAAAUCAGUUGUUGCUGCUUUGGUUCCUCUUCAGAAAGAAACAGAGGUUCCAUCUCAUUUGUUAAUGGGCAUACCUCAUAGUGCAGCAGAUAUUCCUCUUUCCUCUCUUGGGGAAGCUUGCUCAAGAAAAGAUUUGACUGCCAUACAUGAGAUAUUGGAAAACAUUGGAUAUAAAGAUGACGAGGGAGCUGCUACCGAGCUUUCUUUUCAGAUGUGGACCAGUCAAAUGCAGGAUACACUGACCUCUAAGAAAAAGGGUGAUGUUGCUUUUAGGCAAAAGGACUUCAAAACAGCAAUAGAAUGCUACAGCCAAUUCAUUGAUGUGGGAACCAUGCUUUCACCAACAGCUUUCGCACGACGUAGUCUAUGUUAUCUCAUGAGUGACAUGCCACAAGAAGCACUUGAAGAUGCGUCACAAGCACAAGUUAUAUCUCCAGUAUGGCAUAUUGCUUCUUAUUUACAAUCUGCUGCUUUGUUUGUUCUUGGAAGAGAGAAUGAAGCUCAGCUUGCUCUGAGAGAAGGAUCGUCCCUUGAAAAUAAGCGGAGUGGUACUUAGAUAGCAGUUUGUGGGUAAUCAUUCUUCAUUUUGCAUAUUGUUACUCUAGCAAGUAGCAUCAAUGUAUAUGGAGUUGUUUAAGGAUCUUUGAAGCAGUUUUUUGUGUAAUCAUCAUUCUUUAAUGAGACUACACGAUGCAGUUUGCUUAAGUGAGAAGAUGAGAGUGGUUUUCAUAAUUACUGAGGGAUUUUUUGUUGUUCUAGUAAAGGCCAGACAAUGAAGACUACUGUACAGUUGAAUCACGUACUGUUGAGUUUGUCAUUCGGUCUUAUGUCCUUGUUUAGACAGGAAAAAAAGGAAAUGCUCUUGUUAACA